AUGGAUAUGCCUUUGGUAAUGCCAAAGUUGAGUUCCGAUUCUGUUAGCUUCGAUUUUAUGUUGUUUUUGACAUUUUCUUCGCGUCAAUUUAAAACAGGCGAUGCCUUGAAUAUGCUGAAGACCAACUUAGUUGAUCCUAAUAAUGUUCUGCAAAGUUGGGAUGCUACACUUGCCACUCCUUGCACUUGGUUUCAUGUAACGUGCAAUAGUGAGAACAGCGUUACAAGAGUUGAUCUUGGAAAUGCAAACUUGUCUGGUCAAUUGGUUCUAGAACUUGGACAGCUUCUGAAUUUGCAAUACUUGGAACUUUAUAGCAACAACAUAAGAGGAAAAAUUCCUAUUGAGCUUGGCAAUUUGACGAGUUUGGUGAGCUUGGAUCUUUUCUCGAACAAUUUGAGUAGUAUCAUCCCGGACACAUUGGGCAGGCUUCAAAAAUUACGUUUCCUACGGCUUAACAACAACACUUUGUCUGGAACUAUUCCUAUGUCAUUGACUAAUAUCAAUUCACUUCAAAUCCUUGAUCUUUCAAACAAUCAAUUAACAGGAGUUGUCCCAGUUAAUGGCUCCUUUCAACUUUUUACUUCCCUCAGUUUUCAAAAUAAUAAAUUUCCUCCAACUCCUCCAUCGGCUCCAUUUUUGCCGCCACCCCCAUCUACAGCUUCAGGUAGCAGUGCCAUUGGAGCCAUUGCUGGAGGAGUUGCUGCUGGUGCUGUCCUGUUGUUUGCUGACCCUGCAAUCGCACUUGCUUGGUGGCGGCGAAGGAAACCAGAGGAUAGCUUCUUUGAUGUACCUGUUGAAGAGGAUCCUGAAGUUCAUCUAGGACAGCUCAAGAGGUUUUCUCUGCGUGAACUACAAGUUGCAACUGAUAGUUUUAGCAAAAUAAAUAUUCUAGGAAGAUGUGGGUUUUGUAAGGUAUACAAAGGGCGAUUAGCCAAUGGCUCUCUAGUGGUAGUAAAAAGACUAAAAGAAGAACGCACUCAGGGUGGGGAGCUGCAGUUUCAAACAGAAGUGGAAAUCAUCAGCAUGGCCGUCCAUCGAAAUUUAUUGCGUUUGCAUGGCUUUUGCAUGACACCGACAGAGCGAUUGCUUGUUUAUCCCUUCAUGUCUAAUGGAAGUGUUGCCUCAUGUUUAAGAGAGCGAUGUGAUUCACAACCCCCACUUGAUUGGCCCAAAAGGAAGCGAAUUGCAUUGGGAUCCGCAAGAGGCCUUACAUAUUUGCAUGAUCAUUGCAACCCAAAAAUAAUUCACCGUGAUGUCAAAGCUGCAAAUAUAUUGUUGGAUGAUGAAUUCGAAGCAGUUGUUGGAGACUUUGGGUUAGCGAAACUUAUGGAUUACAAGGAUACACAUGUUACCACCGCUGUACGUGGUACAAUUGGGCAUAUUGCUCCCGAGUACCUCUCCACUGGAAAGUCUUCAGAGAAAACUAAUGUUUUUGGGUAUGGAGUCAUGCUUCUGGAGCUCAUCACUGGACAGAGGGCUUUUGAUCUUGCUCGACUUGUCGAUGACGACAACGACGUUAUGUUGCUUGAUUGGGUGAAAGGACUUCUGAAAGAUAGGAAGGUGGAAACACUAGUCAAUGAAGAUAUGCAGGGAAACUACGUCGAAGAUCAGGUGGAGCAACUUAUCCAGGUGGCUCUGCUCUACACGCUGAGCUCCCCAAUGGAACGUCCCCAGAUGUCGGAAGUUGUCAGAAUGCUUGAAGGCGAUGGGUUGGAGGAGAGGUGGGAAGAGUGGCAAAAGGAGGAGAUCCACCCCCAAAAUAACUAUUCGAUCAUUGCCCAAUUCAACAACCUUCCCGACUCCACUCCCAACCUCCCUCCAGAAGAAUUGUCCGAUCCCAGAUGA